AUGCAAUCCUAUUAUUCUUUUCACAUAGAAAACCCCUGUUUCGAUAACAUAGGACACGUUGUGGCUACAGCUGAUUUAAAUGAUAAACAUGAUCGAUCUGCACCGUCACAUUUUCAUUGGAAAAUCUUAAAAUGCAGGAUGCUCAUAUUUUCGAACUCUUCGAUUUUAGCCUGUCCUGACAAAAGAGAAAUUAAACAAGUUCAUAUUAUUAUUAGUACGGUGAACGAUGAUUACGAUCGUUUAACAUCGUUGUUGAUGAAUUUCUCCCUUAGUCAACAAGGGGCUAUAAGGAAAGUGACACCAGAGAUGUUUGUUAUGUGUUUCCGCUAUACGAUGACGGCUCGGAUUGCGCCAAAUUGGAAUACGAUAGGAUAUAAUUAUCUCAUUAAUAAUAGAAAUUUUCUGUCGACUACGGGACCUCAGGAUGGUGUCAAAUACCAAAUUUCAUUUAACGACUCAGUAACGGUACUCGAAUUAAAGCCGAUUAAAAUGAUUUUAAUCCAUUCUGAUGAACACUACAAGCCCGGCGCCUGCGUCCGUGUAUUGCCAAGUUUAAACAAAGCAAUUAUAGAGGAUUUCUGCAAAACUUUACCUGAAUCCGGAAGUUUCAAGUGUUAUCAAGAUUUACGGAGACACUGGAAAAAUAUCCACGGUUACCGCAUACCGGAAGAUGAGGGGUCUUAUUACAUGGUUAGGUUUUGGCGUGGAGAGCCAUUUAUAUAUCCAAAGUUAUGCUUAACACAAAACUUUCCCAUCAUAACACCGUUGCCCAAGUCUGCUGAGGAACCUGUUCUUUCGAGAUUUUUAACAAGUCUAAAAACUAAGAUGCCAUAUUUCCUCGGCAAGCCUUUAGUAGUAAAAUUCGAUAGUGAAAAUAGAAACAUUAGUAUUGCAAAUGACACUUACACGCAAGCCGUAAGUCUUUGUACUCCAACCCAGCAAUCUACUCAACAAAAGCGUUAAAUUAUUGCUUGUGUUAAAAGGA